AUGUUCGGCCCCUUUAGAUCGACGCUAGCUGCCUGCGGAGGUUAUCUCUGGAAGAAGGCACCUCGUCUUUCGCCUCCCCAAAAGUACCGCUUGAGACAGAGAAUGAAGCUUGUUGACAGAAACAUCGAGGUCUUGUACCAGUCGCUCAAAUUGACAGGUCAGGACCUGACUGGAUACAAGAAAAUCGACUACCUCAAAUUCGAUUUUCCCAAAGAGUCGGAAAUGGAGCCUAGAGACAAGUACUCCACCUUCAACAGAAAGGCCAAGGAUUAUAGAAGAAGCUUGCAUCUUGAGCCUAAAUGGACCAAGAGAUCGUUCCGUGUCAAUCCUAAGUACUUCUAG